AUGGAAAGCAAAAAGAAAGAUCCAAUUCUAACCGCAGUAGAUAUAUUUAAUGCAGGCUAUGAGUUGUGCGUCAAUGAAACAUACGAACUUAUGAAUACAAAGUCAUUUGUUUCAGCAGGCAUAUUAUUUGUUGUUUGCGUUUUACUUACAGCGCUUGCAAUCUUCAUAUCACCUAAUCCAAAAUUCACAAUCAUCAAGAAACCUGAAGGCACAGAAGAAAGAACGAAAGCUUUAAGUUUAGCUAUCAGAUAUAAAAAUCUUAAGUUUUAUCAUAGAGCAAUCACAUAUGGCAUACAGUCAAACGUGCAGAAGAAACCACUUCUGAUUGUCGUCUCUGGAACAAUCAAACUGAAAAAGAACGGGCGCAUAGAAAAAGAACAAACUCUUGAAGACAAGCCGUUCAGGCUUCCUCCUAAGACCAUUGUUCCAAUAUUUACUACAGGGCGUCGUGAAGUCACAGAUAUCGUUGCAGAUCUCGAUAUUACGUUAAACGAUGGAACAUUUGAUAAUUUGUACACAAUUUGGACACACGAAAACGCGAGUUGGAUAUUCUUCAAUAUUCUGAUACGCUCCGUCUCUUUCUUCACUGCUCUCUACCUUGGAUUCCAUCUUUUAACGAGAUUGGCUUCAUUGAAAAAUAAAUCGCCAACAUACACUCAGAGAUUCCUUAUGAUAGCAUCAUUUAUUCUUUCGAUCUUCUGGCUACCAUCACCUGAGCUCCGUUACUUCGAUUUGUUGAAAUCUUUCACUCCAUUGAUUUCCCUUCUUGAAAACGUCAAUUGUGCAUUUCUUUUCUACAUCAUCAACGUUGUAUGCUGGAAUCUACACUUUCGCUUUACAGAUGCUGAAAUUCCUUUCAUUAAAAGGACAACAUUUGCAUUCUUCAUGAUGUGUGGCGUUUUAGCACUUCCUAAAGCUAUCAGAUUCAACGAUACAUUCUACCAGGAUAUUCUCGAGGUCUGGAUUCCUGCUGCGACCAUGGCAGCGAUUACAUUAAAUUUAAUUCGCUUCCCGCUCUUCCUAAACAGCAACAGCCCCGAGUUUAUGUCUUCCUUCUUGCACCUAUUCUGCGCUGUACCUGCAAUGGCCAUGAUGACGUACGCAACAGCAAUAAGAGCCGAAAGAACUUCGAAAUUGUCAGUUUUUUCGGCCAUGCUCAACACCCUCUCUUAUAUGUUCAUUGUUCUCGUUCACUGGCCGAGAGAUGACGCAGGAGCUGAUGCCCAGUACGUCGCUGCUGAGAAGGCGUUCGAUCAUGUGGGACAAAUCGACGAUGACAUGAAAGGACACCUCGAUUUGGACAUCAGAGCUGAGAGUGACUUCGAUGAUGGUUCAUAUUACUCGGAAGAAGAAGAUGACGAAGAGGAAGAUUAA